AUGAUAACGCGAAAAGCAAACAGAUUUAACAAUGAGUUAAGCCUCAGAGGGAUGAAAUCAUGGCCGCAGAAUAAAGAAAGGGAAACUCGGGAGUGCACAUAUUGGAAACGAUCAUGUCAAAGGGACAAGUUCGUAGCAGCUGAAACUUUUGGAUGCAUUUAUGGACUCUGCAAAAAGCAAGGGAUGACAUCAGAGGUGGAUGUUGACUUCAUAACCUUUUCAGGACAAGUAAUCAACAAAGUGAUUUACUUUACCAUGAGUGCAUUCUACCUUGGAAAACCAGGGGAAAUUCCAGUUGUUUUCACUCCCAACAACCAUCAAUGCCAAUUGCCAAAUAUUAAUGUCCGUUCUGUUUCAGGCACAGCCACUGAGAUGGAUGAUUGUAUCAGGCAACAUUGUAGAAUAGUUGGUCAAAUAAGCUUAAAUGCACGACUUUUCUGUUUAUUGUCUGAAUGGACUCAACUAGCAGAACCAUAUCAUCCGUCUCUUGCUAUAAUGGAGAACAAGAUUGGACCUAGCAACAAGGGAAAGAGAGAGAGAGAGAAAGCGGAUGGGAUUUUGCAUGAUGAAGAUUUAGCCAAGGGCCUUAACAUUGCAGUUCAUUUGAAACAUGCGAUGAUGAAGCGAAAUCUGAAUACAGUAGUUGGUUUAUAG